AGUAAAGUAUCCUUUUCGCCAAACUAGCCGCUCUGUGUAGUCAGAAGAAAUCUGGUCUCUAAGGUGGGCUUAUCUUUUUUUCCUAAAAGAAGACACGAAAAGUCCAGUUGUAGCUGGUAUUAAAGCACUUUUCGCCACUAAUACCAAGCUUUCAUCAAAUUUACCGCUUUUAAAUUGACGACACGCGUUAUAUUCGCGGUUCCAUAGACGGGCCUUCUGUGCUGUAAGCGCGACUUGGGCCUGAAGCACGAGUGAGGAAAAUCUGAACAGAGCGAGUCCGGUUUCUGUAUGGAUUGCAAUAACGUUAGAGAUAAAGCCGAUACUGCGAUGUCUGAAUACAUUAGCAUAACCGAAGAUGAGAAUGAGGAGCCUAUUGAAAUUCCCACUGAAGAUGAUGGCACCGUUCUCCUGUCUACAGUCACGGCUCAGUUUCCAGGAGCCUGUGGUUUGCGCUACCGCAAUCCUGUUUCGCAGAGUGCGCGUGGAGUUCGGCUAGUGGAGGGAAUUUUGCAUCCACCAGAAACUGGCUGGUCUAACCUUGUUUUCAUCGUCAAUUAUCCUAAAGAUAAUAAAAGGAAAAUGGAUGAAAACGAUGCGUCAUCGGCUGCAUCAUCAGCAGUAAAAGUGAAAAGAGCGGUACAGAAGACAUCUGACUUAAUAGUUCUUGGCCUUCCAUGGAAGACAACGGAGCAAGAUUUAAAAGACUAUUUCAGCACUUUUGGUGAAGUUAUUAUGGUGCAGGUUAAGAGAGAUGCGAAAAGUGGCAACUCAAAGGGAUUUGGCUUUGUCCGGUUUACAGAGUUUGAGAGCCAAGUGAAAGCAAUAUCACAGCGGCACAUGAUAGAUGGAAGGUGGUGUGACUGCAAAUUGCCAAAUUCUAAAAUGUUUUUUUCUUAUUCGCAGGGUCCAGAUGAGCCGUAUCGAUCCAGGAAAGUGUUUGUUGGGCGUGUCACUGAAGAUAUGACUACUGAAGAGCUUAGGCAGUUUUUUGUCCAGUAUGGGGAAGUGGUUGAUGUCUUCAUUCCAAAACCAUUUCGUGCCUUCGCAUUUGUUACAUUUGCUGAUGAUCAGGUGGCCCAGUCUCUCUGUGGAGAAGAUUUGAUUGUUAAAGGAGUCAGUGUUCACGUAUCGACUGCAGAGCCUAAGCAAAAUAACAUGAGGCAAAUGGAAAGAGGUGGCCGAUUUGGUAACCCAGGCUAUGGUAACUCAGGCUUUGGGAGCCAGGGGAGCUUUCCUGGCAGGGGAGGUCCAGGUGGCCCUGGAAUGGGAAGCCAAAACAGUAUGAGUAGUCAAGGGAUGAACUUUGGGUCUAGUUCUGGGUCUUUUAACAUUAACCCUGCUAUGAUGGCAGCAGCACAGGCAGCAUUGCAGAGUAGUUGGGGGAUGAUGAUGUCUAAUCAGAAUCCAUCUGGACCAUCGGGGAAUAAUCCAAAUCCUGGACCUAGAGAACAGAACCAACCAUUUUCUGGUGGGAGUAAUUCCUAUGGGUCAAAUUCUGGAUCUUUAGGUUGGGGAUCAGGAGCGAAUGCACCUGGCUCUGGUGGGAGUUACAAUUCUGGGUUUGGGUCCAGCAUGGAAUCAAAGUCCUCAGGGUGGGGAAUGUAGUAAAACCUCAGUGAGGAAUCCCUCUUCCAGAUGGUAAGUAUGAAGCUCUCAGGAUGGAUUAAUUUCUGAAUAUAUGGUAUAGCGAAAUAUUUUUCAUAGAUUUUUCUUUUGUCAACAAUGGCAUUUAAACAUUGUUCAGAUUUUAUGGGUAUUGAAACACCCUUUACUGGCUGAAAACCAGUGCCUGAUGGGUGGGUGGGUGGGCUGUAAAUAGUGGUAUUUUUUUUCUCUUGGUUUUAAGUGAGUUUGAGCCCUGUUUAUUGCAUGACUAAGUUGAAAAUUGGUUAGGAGAUGCACGGCUAGUCUUUAGUCCCCUUUAAACUUAUUUUUGGGGUACCCUAAUUUUAAUCCUUUUUUUGGGGGGAUAAGUUUUCAAUCUCUGCAGCUUCAGUGCUUUAUGUUGAGUACUUGACAUUCCUAGGUGUAAAAAUAUUUCGUCAUACUGUAUUUUGACGGUGGGUGUUGUACUUUUAUCCACUACUCUUAUUUCAUGGAAUCGUUUCAACGCACGACUGUGAUGUGGAACCAGAAGGCUGUUUGGACUUAUGAAUCCUUGUGUGGGAUUGAUGUUGAUGCCAAGGCAUGAGAGGCUGGUAUGAUUCGGGAGCAAAAGAGAGCGCGUGCAGAGACCUGUUGGUGCGAUAUGGAGUUUUGAACUUUGCAAGAUGUGACUCAGUCUCUGUGGCUUUGGUGAGAGUGCAGAGAGCCGAAAUGGCAAUGUACGAGUGCAUUGUACCUAGAAGACUGCCAUAUCUGAGACUUUGUAGAAUUUUAUACCACAAAGUAUAGUUUAACAUGCAGAUGAAUGUUGAAAGUGUAAUGGAUAUUUGUGUCUUCCCCAUCCCCUUGUCAACCUGAUGGAUGCUGUAUGGUGUGUGUGAUAUAACUUUGACCUGUGUGACCGUGAAAUGGUGACAUUUGUUGAACCCUGAGGAAGCCGGUAGUGAAGUUUGUGGCAGUUGUGUGCAGGUUCAAAAGAAUGCAAAGAUCGCUUUAGCUGUGUUUUGUUCGAAUGAUUUAUUUGUAACGUGUUGAAUUUCUUAAUAAAAGUAUUUCAAGUAA